AUGGGCAACCGCGGGAUGGAGGACCUGAUCCCGCUGGUCGACCGGCUCCAGGAGGCCCUGAGCAGGGCGGGACGCUGCUGCAGCCUCCACCUGCCGCAGAUCGCUGUGGUGGGGGGCCAAAGUGCGGGCAAAAGCUCUGUGCUGGAAAACUUUGUGGGCAGGGACUUCCUUCCACGGGGUUCAGGAAUUGUCACGCGUACACCUUUAAUCCUUCAGCUGCUAAAUUCAAACUCAGAGUACGGGGAAUUCUUUCACUGUAAGGGAAAGAAGUUUACAGACUUUGAUGAGAUUCGUCAGGAAAUAGAGGCAGAGACUUGCAGAAUCACAGGAUCAAAUAAAGGCAUCUGUCCUGUCCCCAUCACACUAAAGAUUUUCUCUCCACAUGUGCUAAACUUGACACUUGUGGACUUGCCUGGCAUUACCAAGGUGCCAGUGGGCGACCAGCCUGCAGACAUAGAGUACCAGAUACGAGACAUAAUCAUGCAGUAUAUCUGUAAGGAAAACUGUCUUAUUCUGGCUGUCACACCUGCCAACACUGACCUGGCCAACUCUGAUGCACUUAAACUGGCCAAAGACGUUGACCCUCAAGGCCAGCGCACAAUCGGUGUCAUCACAAAGCUGGACUUGAUGGAUGAAGGAACUAAUGCCAGGGAAAUACUAGAAAACAGGUUGCUUCCCUUACGCAGAGGUUACGUGGGUGUGGUGAACCGCAGUCAGAAGGACAUUGAUGGGAAAAAGGACAUUAAGGCAGCUUUGGAGUCAGAGAAACAAUUCUUCCUGUCUCAUCCAGCCUACAGACACAUGGCUCAAAACAUGGGGACUCCAUAUUUACAAAAAAUACUAAACCAGCAACUGACAAACCACAUUCGAGACACACUGCCAGCCUUCUGUAGUCAUCUGCAAAGCCAACUUCUGGCCUUAAAUAAAGAGGCUGAAGAGUACAGACAGUUUAAUCCAGACGACCCUGCACGCAGGACCAAAACCCUGCUACAGUUAGUUCAACGCAUGGCCGUUGACUUUGAGAAGUUACUGGAGGGUUCUGGUGACAAAGUCGACACUUUUAAUCUGUCAGGAGGUGCUAGGAUUAAUAAAAUCUUUCAUGAGCGCUUCCCGUACGAACUGGUAAAGAUCGAGUCUGAUGAGAGGAAGCUGCGGCAGGAAAUCAACUAUGCCAUCAGAAACAUACAUGGUGUCAGGACAGGCUUGUUCACACCUGACUUGGCCUUUGAAGCCAUAGUGAAGAAACAAAUAUCAAGUUUAAAAGCUCCAUGUAUUAAAUUCAUUGACUUGGUCAGUCAAGAGCUAAUUACAACUGUGGAUCAGUGUGUCAGUAAGCUCAGUUCUUUUCCCAAACUGCAAAAUGAAACGGAGAGGAUAGUUAUAAAUGAAAUCCAAGAGCAGAAGAGUAAAUGCAGAGAGCAGGUCUUGUUGCUCAUUGACAUUCAGCUUGCCUACAUAAAUACCAAACAUGAAGACUUCAUUGGCUUUACCAAUUACCAUCAGGCGCACAAUCAAAAUAAUGCAAACAAUUUAGCACAGAUCCCAAGGAUCGAGGGCGUGGCCAAACUCUCCAGUCGAAUAGUUAUACACAAAGGCUGGCUGACCAUCAAUAACAUUGGCAUAAUGAAAGGUGGAGCCAGGGAAUACUGGUUUAUUCUUUCAACAGAUAGCCUGUCCUGGUUCAAAGAUGAGGAGGAGAAGGAGAAGAAGUACAUGCUCCCUCUGGACAACCUAAAGCUUAGAAAUGUGGAAAAGGGCUUCAUGUCCAGCAAACUUGUUUUUGCUAUCUUCAACACGGAGUCAAGGAACGUGUAUAAGGACCAUAGAUGUCUGGAGUUGGCCUGUAACUCUCAGGAGGAGUUGGACAGCUGGAAGGCUUCUCUGCUGCGGGCUGGAGUCUACCCUGAGAAGGUCGCUGCAGAGGAGAAGGAAAAUGGACCUGAAACCUUCACAGACCCUCACCUAGAGCGCCAAGUGGAGACCAUUCGUAACCUGGUUGACUCGUACAUGCACAUCAUCUAUAAAACCGUGCGGGAUUUAAUGCCAAAGACAGUUAUGCACCUCAUGAUCAAUAGUGUGAAAGAGUUCAUCAGCUCGGAGCUUUUGGCGCAGCUCUAUGCUCUAGGGGAAUGCACAGCUCUGAUGGAUGAGUCACUAGAGCAGAGGCAGCACCGAGAGGAAGUGCUCUGCAAACAUGCUGCCCUGAAGGAGGCACUCGCUGUCAUUGGAGAAAUCUCUACCUCUACCUGCAGCACUCCUCUUCCUCCACCUGUGGACUCCUCCUGGAUAAAACACUCCAAUCAUCCUAAAAACUCAUCACAGACUGGUGGCAAGCUGGUGGAUCGAGGUCAUGCGCCGCCUGUUCCUUGGGUAUCUCGUGUAAGACCUGGUACUUCCUCAAAUAACUUUCAUCAGCUUCCUCAUCAACACAACCGCACCCCUACCAGUGUACCAAGGAGGCAACCACCACCAAUCCCAAAUGGAAAAUAAUCAUUUUCUGCUCCUUCACCCAUCUGCCCCUGUGGUCUUCCAUUCCCCACUGACUACUACCCAGAGACGA